AGGCGAUCUGCGCAUGCGUCUUUGUCAGCGUUUCUCGCUAGCGUCGUUGAUCUACUCACAACUGCACGUUUGAGAAGCAAAAUAUUUGACACAUUAUUCUAUUUCCCCUACGUUUCUGAACAUUAUACGAUAGCCGUCGACGUCGUUUCAAGAAUAUGCCGAAAAACAAAGGUAAGGGAGGAAAGAAUCGGCGACGUGGUAAGAAUGAGAAUGAAUCUGAGAAAAGGGAGCUGGUGUUUAAAGAGGAUGGACAAGAAUAUGCUCAGGUCAUCAAGAUGUUGGGAAAUGGGAGGUUGGAGGCCAUGUGUUUUGAUGGAGUCAAGCGGCUUUGUCACAUCCGAGGAAAGCUCCGGAAAAAGGUGUGGAUUAACUCAUCAGACAUCAUUCUCAUUGGAUUAAGGGACUACCAGGAUAACAAAGCAGAUGUCAUUUUGAAGUAUAAUGCUGAUGAGGCUCGGAGUCUGAAAGCCUAUGGAGAGCUUCCAGAACACGCCAAAAUCAAUGAGACUGAUACCUUCGGGCCUGGUGAUGACGACGAGAUUCAGUUCGAUGAUAUUGGUGAUGAUGAUGAGGAUAUUGAUGAUAUCUAAGAGGAAUACACUGGGAAGAGAAUGUUUCUCAACCUGAAGCGACAAUAUCCUCACAUCCCCCCCUGAAGUCACCCCUCCAACAUUACGGCUCAAGUUUUUGGUUUCACGGACUAAACACAUGACUGCAUUGUCACCUUCAAUCAAUUUUGUUAUCUUUUAAUGUAUUUAUAUUGCUUUCACAUCAAGUGGAAUUUAGUUACAGUACAGAAUCUAUGGAUUCGCAAUAAAAAGAUAACCGAUUUUAUUUUUGGUGUUGCAGUCUUUAUCCUAAUAGACAUGUUCAGAAGCUCUGUAAAAGUGAGUGAAACUCGUAUGUUAAAAGCUAAUACCUAUAAAACGUCUGGUCUUUUGGAAUGUUUCUGAAGUCACUUGAUUUACUGGUCACAUAAUGAUGCAUUGGAUGAUACUUUCUGAUUAGCUCUGUGUUUGAAUCCAUCUUACUUUAGUUUUCUUCUCUGCUAUAAAUGAUAAUUGAAUACUUAUUUUACAGGGCUGCUGGAUUUAUGAAAAAAAUAAUAAUUUUGAAGCUCUGUGUAUUACUUCACAGUUGUUACUUAGAGUUACAGCGUAAUAGCUUGAUACUGAACUACAGUAAACAUCAGAAACGGAAUUAUUUGUAAGAUUAAAAUGGAAACAUUUUUUACUUUCAAAAAUGAUAGCUCACAAAGCAAAUAACCAGAAUAAGGAAAUAUUUUUGUAUGCAAAUGGACCGAUUAAGGCAAGAUUUAUGAGAGUUUAUUGAUUGUAUUCUUGCAGACUGGCCCUUUUGAAUGAGCACGUUGGUUGUUGGUUAUAACUUGUUAUUUUUAGGUGUAUUGUUUUGAUGAGCUUUUGAUGGUUGCUUUUUGUCCUCUGCUGCUUUUGAUCAGAAAACCUGUGAUUUUGAAAUAAAAUUCAACAACAUUCAGAA